AUGGACUCUAUGCCCACCGGCGGCCUCGGAGCCAUGCCUACUGGCAGUAUUCCCGGCAUGCAGAACAUGACCACUAUGAGCACUAUGGGGGAUAUGGACCUCACCUGCAAGAUCUCCAUGCUUUGGAACUGGUAUACUAUUGAUUCCUGCUUCCUCUCCCGUUCCUGGCACAUCCGCUCCAAAGGUGCCUUUGCCGGUGCUUGCAUCGGUGCCAUCCUUCUAGUGAUAGCCCUGGAGGCCCUCCGCCGUGCUGGCAGAGACUAUGAGUCCUUCAUUCUGCGCCGAGCUCGCCUGCGCCACAUGUACCUCUCUGGCCCGUCUUCCGGCGCCCCAGCCGGUCAGGGCGUCAAGGCAAAAUUCCAGAAGAUCAUCUCAGGUGCACAGGGUAACUCAACUGCCCACUACAACGACGGUCCAUCGGGUGAUGAUCUUAUCACGCCUGUCAAGAACAGCUCUUUGCGUCCCAAGACCUCGCACGAGAACAACGGACUGAGCCAAAAAGAUUCUAUUCCGGGUGUCGACAAAACCUCUCACAAUAUCGGUCGUGCCAAUUUUGGGCCCUACCGCCCUUCGCCCAUGGAACAACUGAUUCGAGCUUUGUUGCACAUGCUGCAAUUUGCCGUCGCGUACUUCGUGAUGCUGCUUGCUAUGUACUACAACGGAUACAUUAUCAUUUGUAUCUUUAUUGGUGCAUUCCUUGGGUCUCUAGUCUUUUCUUGGGAGCCUGUGUCGCUCAGCAGGGAAAGCGAUGCAACUACCGUCACCAAGUGCUGUGGUUAG